AUGCCACACUCAGCUCGCAAGAGCGACGACCUGCUAGCUGCUCUCGAGCAGUUUCUCUCAAAACGCUCGUCUGACAACCAUGACUCACAUCAAAAGAAGGACCCAGAGAACAAGUUCUGGGAGACGUACCUGCGGGCUAUGAAGGACGAGGACGAGGAGCGGCCGAGGGACUGGGAUGGGAACACGGGCAGCAUUCUUACAUUUAGUGGAUUGUUCGCUGCAACCGUGGCGGCCUUUAUCAUUGAAAGCUAUAAAUCACUUUCGCCGGACUCUGGGGAUCAAACCGUACUCCUGCUCUCGCAUCUCGUGAACGCCACUACGAACGCGACAGCGUCUCCUACAUUGAAGGCCAUCUCCAUAGAACCAUUUCAAUUGACAAUCUCAACCAUUCUCGUCAAUGCAUUGUGGUUCUGCAGUCUCCUCACCGUCCUGGCAUGCGCCCUUUUGGCGACUCUCGUGCAGCAAUGGUCUCGGGAUUAUACCCGCGACAUCAGGCGGCGAGACUCCAUAGACGAGAGCCUCAUCAGUCGGGCGUACAACCAUGUAUACAUCCGAAUGGGUGUCGACCGUUACGGAAUGGACGAAGUCGUCAACGUGCUUGUUGCACUUGUGCAUCUAUCCGUUUUUCUUUUCGCCGCGGGCCUUUUGCUAUUCUUGUUCCCGAUCAACUUUGCUGUCGUCUGGUGUGCGGUGUCCGUGCUUUGCGUUCUGGGAUUGGCGUACAUCGCCGCGAGUUUGCUGUCAAUUUUUGACACCAGCUCUCCGUAUAGAACACCUUUGACAUAUCCGCUUUCCUUCGUUCGUUGGCUACUUGGUCAUUGCUCCCGGUUCAUCCGUGGCGUACUUCUGCGACGGGAUUUGCAUCCCGUCCUUGAAACAGCAUUGCAAUGGUGCAAUGCAGCUCUCCCCUCGUUCUCGCGCGACUUCAUUACCAGAAGGCGCGUGGUGUACACGUCUCUGCCGAACGAUGCCUUCUUGUCCGUUGCACGGUUCAAAUUCGCCUGGGACCAUACAAGUCGGCAGAUGUUCGAUGGGAACAUGAAGACCUUACUCCAAUUCGUGAUGACAAAACUUGUCUCGAUCUCGAACGACGUGCGCGAGCCGUGCAUAGCUCAUCUUGAGAACGAUGGACAACUCAAGUCCAAACUUGUACGGAUUGGGUCGUUCUGGGAAGGACAUAUGGAUUACGAGGCGAGCGUUGUUGGAUAUCGGAUGUGCUGUUUGUUGUUCCAAAGAUUCUAUGAACGCUACAGAAAGGCAGACAUCUACGGACGAGAUCGUCAUGCUCUCAACCGCUAUCUGCAGGUCUUUCUAUCCGGAUUGACGACCUCAUCUAUUACAACGCACAGCGCGUAUUCGACCCUGACGACGCGCUUCUGCCUGUAUUACAUGCGCUGGCAUCUUCUCCUUGCGCAUAGCGAAGAAGGCGGGGAGGACUUUGUGAUCAAACGGGACGCUCUUCAACUGAUGUCCGAUGUUUAUCCGGAGGAGCACGAUCAAUACAAGGAGCGCACGGACGAGAUCACACCCUUCCGCUAUGCAAGCAUCGACCGGCCAUGGCAGCUGCUGUAUCUGAUGAACUCUUAUCAGGUCAACUCCAUGGACGCGAAGGGACACAAAGAUUACGGCGAUGUUGAGGAGAGCGGGAGGUCCUGCCUCAUCCCUCUACACGAUGGCGCCUGCUGUAGGCAAAACGACACGACACGCCAUGUUGCCGCUUGCAACGUCCUGACCAUGAUCGCACAUAUCAUAGCCGCGCCUGAACCAGCACGGAUGGAGCUCUUCCGACGACAGCACGAAUACGACGUCUUGCUCAAUCACGGCGAUUCUCCGUUUACUCAAUGGAUCGACCAUACCGAGAUGGAAGACGUCGAUCGGCAGAAAGCCCCUUCAGCAGAGUUUCUGGACGUCCUUCGCUCUGUGAAUCUGCAUAAGUGGUCGGAUCCAGGUAGCAACUUCGACUACUCCCCGUCGUUUGGCACACCGGAGGGCCGCCUUCUCAAUCACAGGAUCUCGGAGAACAGCAGCAAACUGGACACCGUCGUAUCCCCACCGUCCCCCAUCUUUACGAUCGUCGACGUUCUUCGUGCUCUUGCCCGACGUGUUGACUUCAGCGCGCUUCCGGAUCCCCAUGCUCGUACUCCUCCCUCAGGUCCUGAUCCGGGCGUCGGCGCGAUCGCUGUGUCGGACACUGAGAGCUCGAGUGAUGCUGGUCCAUCUGAUCCGCCGCCCGACUCAAAGCCUGCGCUCUUCGCAGUAACUACGAAGAGCCAGUCCCCCGCGGCGUCACGAUCCACUUCCGGGGCGCUCAUUGUGCAAGCUCUGAAGCCUUCUCAGACCGGCUCUGGGGCAUCAGUAGUGUCAAGCACGGCGUCACCGCGGACUGAAAAUGAUACCGCUCCUCGCGCAUCCGUCGGAGAAGUGGAUGUCCCGCAGACGUCCAGCCAUGCCACCGGCGCUGUGAAACCCGUCCAUCGUGGUCCAGUCUUGCUCCUCAACACGGUACCGCCUCUCAGUCCACCCGAAGCAACUGCAAUCUCGACUACUUUGGGGACGCAAUCUCAGGUAGCGGGGGCAUCACCACAGCCACCACAAACGCCCGACUUGCCAGGCCAACCACUCGCUUCCUCGAAGAACACCCCGUUGUAUUCGCCACUUUCUGCCGAGGGGAUCGCGCAUCUUAUUGAGCAGUCACCAUCGACGUCGAUCGCGCCACAGACCACCGCUUCGUCAGCCCUGACUAUCAUUUCCCCGGAGCAGAGCGCGUUACAAACAUCCCCCAUCCCCAGUUCCUCUGCGCAGCCUCGAACGCGCGUACUAUCACCUGCCGAAGAACUCACUCAAGCCCCCCGCCCGCCAGCACUAUCUUUGAUCGCGCCGCAGCCCGUCAUACCCCUAGACGACUCCCGCUGGCAAAACGACGUCUGGAUCGCCGCCGGCCCCGCAACAUGGGGCGACACGCCCACGCACCGCCUCGACGUCUGGCGCCGCAUCACGCAGCGCUUCGGCUCGCGCUCCUUCAGCGCGCUCCUCGAACCGCGCGACCGCGCCAAGGAGAUCACCCGGUGCAAAGGGCGCCUGUGGGCGGCUGUCAAGCUUCCGGGGCAGACGGCGCGCGAGGCGAUGCGGAUAUGGUAUACGACGAUUGCGGGCGAUAUUGUGAAGAAGCCGGUGCCGUAUACGGUUGUUGUGUUGGAUGUGCCGCCGGAGGAGUAUUGGGGGCCGAAGGGGGAGCCGGAGAGGGUUUAUGAGGUCAAGGGGUUUACUGGUUCUGCUGGCCCGGGACCGUCUGGGUCUGAGGCUUGA